CAAAGAUUUCAAGAAUUAUCACUGCUUGUGCUAGAUGUCGUUCACGGAAAGUGAGGUGUGAUAAAGCAGUUCCUCGUUGUCUGAACUGUGUAAAGGCAGGAAUACAAGAGUGUAUUUGUAUUGACGCAAUGACCGGCGAGAGUAUCAGCAGAUCAUAUAUUGCAGAUCUUGAAGAUCGAUUGAGAGAAGCUAAGGAACAGCUCAAUGGGAUAAAAAGGACUCAAUUGACGGGUCAAUUCUUCAAUGACUGCUUCCCCAUGGAAAGUCAAGAGGCAGAAGUGAAUGAAGAACACAAUGAUGUUGUUCCUCCAAGAAGCUUUGCUGAAGAUUGCUUACAGACUUAUUUCAACCAGUUAAACGUCCAACUUCCAAUAAUACACCGGGACUAUUACUUGAACAAGUACUUUACCCCAAUAUAUGGAUUUGUCGGCUCUUCAUUGUGGACAAAAAUCUUAGGGUAUGAAGUCGAUGACCCCCAUGAAAAACUGGAACCAGCGCAAGUCGACGAAAAUACCCGUUACAGAGGAUUUUUCUUUCUAUAUAUGAUUAUUUCAAUCCUGACUUCCGUAAAUCAAAAUACGCUGUCGGUAUCCGACCAUUAUAAACGGAAGGCAUUCAAGCAUGUCAAUUCAGUUUGGGGGCCCAGCAAGAAUGAGAACGAUGAUGAAAUCACAAGGUUAGAAAUGUUACAAUCGCUUUUAUUAUGGUCCCAGUACUCAAUGAUGAGGCCUGGCACCCCCGAUGCUUGGUAUCUUAUUGGAAUAAGCAUUAGGUUUUGUAUUGAGCUAGGCCUUCAUAUAGAGCCCGAAAGAGUUUCGAUGACCGGUGACUUACCAUUUGUUACCGAGUUGAAAAGAAGAUUAUUUUGGAGCUGUUAUUGCCUAGAUAAACAGGCGUCAAUCUGUUAUAAUAGGCCAUUUGGAAUAUGGGAUCUGCAAAUAGACGUCAAGCUACCUUCAUUACUAGAUGAUCUGAGUCUUAUGCCUAAAUCAAUGAAAACCAUUACAAACAUCAGAGGGAAUCCAGCGUUGAAGAAAAAUAGCUUGCAUUUCAUUAAACUUCGUAUAAUCCAAAGUGAUAUUCUCAAUUUUAUAAAUGAUAAGCAGCACCAAGUCAGGGUAAGUGACCAAAAUGAAGAUGGGGACGUACUAGAAAGUGCUAGGUUAUCAGAUUCACCCCAAACUACUAAUGAAAAAUUAACAAUGUACGACGAAUGGAAACUCUCAAAGCAGCGGUUACUAGAUGACUGGUAUAACCUGGUUGUUGAUAUUGACAGUAUCCACGUUAUGAACUUGAACUAUCAUCAAACCUUACUUUACAUAUACCGAAUCAGCCCAAUAACUCCGGUUAUUAUUAACAAAUCACAUUAUAUGAUACUUUACGAAUCAAGCAAACAAAUCAUAUCAAUAUAUACAGCCCUAGGCCACUACUCGUGGGCCGCAAUCAAAGACAUACAACUAGCUGCUACUGAUUACCUUUACCUGAUCCAAAACUGCGCUGAACUACAACAUUCAAUCAGUGCAGAGGAAAUCAAAAGUCAAUGUGAUUUGGUUUUCUUAUUAUUGGCUUCCCUAAGGAAUGAUUAUCCCAAGCAAGUUCAACAAGCUGAACAAGAAGUCAAAUCCUACACUUCCAAGCUUCUCAAACUAUACGAAUUGAAUAAAUCAAAGACUUCUAAUUUAAAUAACCCAAUUUUUUCUUAUCCCACUGCUGCCGUUUCCCAAUCACCCCCUUCAUUGAUGGACAGCACCUGUUUCCCCUUCAUUAUUCAAUAAGGAGUGGUUUUACCGUACAAUGGCCACAUUCCUUCAAUCACCAUCCCCAAUGAACUGAAAAUGACAUCACAAAGAAAUUGCCAAUUGAAAUUUUG